UUAAUCUUGGCUGUGCGUUUAUUUAACCAUGGAGCAUUUUAACUUUAGCAUCAAUCAGACCUCUGAUUUUGUCAACAACAGCAGUACUGGCAGCAAGCAGGUAGGCGCUGCAGUAUUUCUAAGCUUGUGCUGCUUGGUUGGAUUGCCCAGCAACAUUGCAGUUAUCAUCACCAUCGCUCGCCAGUGGAACAACCGCAUGAGUUUCACUAUGAAGUUAAUGUUAAACCUGGCUAUAUGUGAUUCUUUGGUCCUCAGUUUGGCUACUUUUGGAGUUUCUGGUCUGCUGAAAGGAUGGACUUUUGGCCUUUGGCCAUGCAAGUUUCUGACUUAUAUAAUCUACUGUGCUAUGUAUGGUAGUGUGUUGACUGUGACUAUGAUGGCUGCUCAUCACUACAAUGCAAUUAAGUCAAAAGUUCCUAAUCUCAGUGCUCUGGAAAGACUGAAGAAGGCUCGUAGGCAGUUGCUGAUAUUUGGGCUCUGGAUUUUAGCCGCAGUUUUUGCCUUGCCCAUACUUGUACAUCAAAGUGUUGAGCUCAAGAGGGGAUCUUUAAGGUGCCAGAGGACCAUAAAAUCAGACUCUAUAAAGGUUACAGUUCUGAUGCUCGAGGUCCUGUUUGGAUAUGUCCUUCCGUUCACCAUUAUAACUGCAUCUUACUGCUGGAUCUGCAAGACACAGCUACAAGGAGGUAAAAAUGUUAAGGAACGGAAGAAGAGAAUGAGAAGACUUGUGAUUAGUAUUGUCACAGCCUUCUUUCUUUUCUGGACUCCUAUACAUAUCAUCAACCUGGUUGACAUUUCUACUACUCUGACAAGGGAAUCGUCUCCAGAUGUCUACGAUCGACUGAAAGUGUUUCGUAGAGCAACGGGAGAUUUGAGCAAAACUGUCGCUAUUCUUAACUGCUGUGUGAACCCUUUUCUGUACGCUUUUGCAUCAGGGAUCGUCAAGAAAAAGAUUCAUCACAAAGAAAAGGAAAACAGCACAGAAAUCACUGAAACAAAUUAAGUGCCUAUAAAUGUUUUUCACAAUAAUCAUGAAUUACUGUUGGAGGAUGUUGUGCUGUUAUUUUGAACAAGAAAUGCUGUUAUAUUUUGGUAGGAUUCAAUGCAUAGACUGUAGAGUUAAAUGUUUAGAGCUUCUUUUUUUUUUUUUAAAUCUGCUGUAUCUUCUUAUCAGUCAUCCUGUUAUCCAUCACGUUACUGAGAUUGGAUUUUUACUGUGCAAAACACUGGAUACAAAUCACAAUAUGAUGAAUAAGUGUAAAUAUAUA